ACCCAAAUUCUAUUUUUGCAAUCAAACGGACACUUAAUUUGAAAUGUGGAUGGUUCUUCUCAUUAUAUUGAAUAAUCAUCUUUUGAUUACCUUAUAGAACACUAAUUACCAUGAUAUUUUGUGCACCGGUAAUGGAUGCAUAAUUGGAAAAAUACGUCAUUAAUAUCAAGUCAUAUCCCGAGCGUCGGGGAGAGAUGGCAAGACUACUAUCAGUAUGUCUGAGAAGAUUGCAUUUGUGUUCUUUCUUGCACUGUGCUGGCAUCUGCAUCAUGCUGUCUUAUGCGCUUGAAGAAUGUUCGGUCCAUAUGUGCAACAAGCUUGCAAGUAGGCAUGUGCGAGUUGGGCUUGCUGAGCCCAGUGCAGUUCCACGUUGCGACAUAUGUGAAAAUGCACCUGCUUUCUUUUAUUGUGAGAUCGAUGGAAGUUCCCUUUGUCUCCAAUGUGAUAUGAUAGUCCAUGUUGGUGGUAAAAGAACUCAUGGAAGAUAUCUCCUGUUAAGGCAGAGGGUUGAGUUUCCAGGGGAUAAAUCUAUCCGCUUAGAUGAGCCAGGAUCACAACAAGGUGAUCUGGGUGAAGCUAAGAGGGACUCUAUUCAGCAGUCUAAUUUUAAAGGGAAAGAAAAUCAACAAAAUCACAUGGUAUCUUCGAUUUCAAUUCUGGAUAAUAACAAUAGCCGUGAUGGGAAAAUGGAGAAUAAGCUGAUUGAUCUCAAUGCCAGACCUCAACGGAUGCAUGGACAAGCUCCAAAUAACCAGGAACAAGUGGAUACUUUGAUUGGCAAUCAUCAUGAAGGUGCAAGUUUGGUUCCAGAUGGAUACUUCGAAAGUACUGAGAAGCGAUGAAGUUAUAGACACCUUGAGGGGAGAGGAUUUAGGGCCGGAUGGGAUAUGACGAGCAGCAAGUCUACAACAUCUAACCAUAGUGUUUUCCCAAGGGAGAAAUAUUUUGCUGCCUCCAGUGAAUAAAUUUGAUAGAGUAUAGUGAGAUGUAGAUAAUCUCUUGUAAAUUAGAUCUUUGGAAAGCGAGAAGCAUUGCAUAAAAAUGCACAGAAAAUCAGUUAUUAUUUUUUGUUAUUAAUCUGUUGCUAGGUGUGUAAUUAUGCAUAUUCUGUGACCAAACUAGGAGUCCUGAAUCUUGCUUGCUUUCUUUCAUUUGGUUUGCUUCGCAGGAAUGGCUACAUGGCCAAUCUUUUCUCAUUC